ACUAGUCCUCCGAUGAAGGUCCAAAGCUUAGUCUUAUGGCUUCCGUUUAUUCUCACGAAUGCCGGACUCGCCGCUGGCAGCCUCCAGGUGCAAUCGCCGGUAAGGACCAAUAACAUUGGCCGCUUCCGUAGGACCACGGGCGGGCAUGUAAGCCACUGGGUACUUAGGAUCAUGAAGGGAAACGACUUUGUCUGCGGGGCGGCCUACAUCAGUGCCCUGUACGCUGUGACCUCGGCCAACUGCCUGCAUCGGUAUCGCUUGGAUCUGAGCGCCCUAAGAGUGCAGCUCCUCAAGGAGGAGCCGGAGGAGCCCCCCUUCGUCGGCGUAAGCGCCAUUUACGUACCGAAGAUGUGGCAAAGCACCCACAUGGACGUGGCCGUCGUCCAGCUGAGCGCCCGUUUGAGUGGCAGUCGCAACGACUUUGCACGGCUCUGCAGCAAGCCCAUGUCCCUCAACGAUACUGUAGAGGUGGUGGCCUGCGGCAAGGAGGUGCAAGUCGCGACGAUCAGCAUCAUGGACACGAAGGAAUGUGCAUCACAGUACGAGAACCUCCUGUCAAUAACGGUGGCCUGUGGCCAAGAGUUUACCAGGACCGAGACUUGCAUGUUCGAGGCGGGCUGUCCGGUGAGCGCUGGCGAGGAGCUGUGCGGCAUCGUGGCCGGAAGCCCGUCCACCUGCCAGAAAAAGCUGCCCGGCAUCCUCACCGAUCUCUACAGGGCCAGGGAGUUCGUCCAAAAGGUAAUCAGUAGCGAAAAUAAGGUGUCCAAGCGCUCGAAGAUGAACAGAUAGCUAGUCUGUAUAUGAACUACAUUGCUGAUUUGAUGUAUUUUCAAUAAUUUGAUUUACAUUGCAAAUAAAUAUUUAAAACUUGAAAA